AUGUCAGAAUCCCAAGUUUUUGAUGCUGCUUAUACAUGGCUCAAAUAUGAUACUAAAUCUAGAUUAGAAAGUGCGUGUAAUGUUUUAAAACAUAUAAAACUCGGUCUUCUUGAACUUCCUAUGCUAGAGAAUGUUGUGAUUAAAUCUGAUUUUUUCCGGACAUGUCAUAAAUGCCAGUCGCUGAUAAGCUCAGCCAUACGUUGUCAAUACGAGAGAAAGAAUAUGGAGUUACUAACACCAAGGGCACAUCCACCGUGUAUAUAUGUGGUAGGUGGAAGAAACAGUCAAGAUUGUCAGCUUAAAAGUAUGGAGAGAUAUGAUUUCUUAACAGACACCUGGAGUUCCAUGCCUGGAAUGAACAUUGCUCGAACUGCUAUCGGCUCUGCCACCUUGGACGGAAUGUUGUAUACAGUGGGUGGGGAGUGCGCACUCAUUGAUACACAGGAGAACACGCUGUACCUGCGAUGUAUGGAAUGCUAUGAUCCAGUCCAAAGGCAAUGGAUUCCCAAGCCAGAAAUGAAAAUUGCCAGAUCAUUUGUCGCUGUGGCUGCAGUGCAUGGGUUUUUGUAUGCAAUAGGAGGUGAGGAUAAAGCAUGUGGUUAUAAUCUGGUAGAAAGAUACGACCCUAAAACCGAACAGUGGAACUUUGUGGCGAGUAUGAAGAGAAGACGGGCUGGUGCUGGUAUAACAGUGUGUGAAGGAAGGAUAUAUGUAGCAGGAGGUUAUGAUAGAACGCUACAUAUGGAUCGCGCCAGUAUGGAAUGUUACGACCCAGCAACGGGGCUUUGGAUGUUUAUGUCAGAGAUGGAAAAAGCAAGAUCGGGUCUUGUGUUGGCGACCAUCGACCAGAACAUCUUUGCUUUUGGAGGGAGAUACAGGCAUACCGAUCAAUAUUACGACUUGGUUGAAAGGUUUAACGUUCUUACUUGUCAAUGGACGACCCUGUCACAGAUGAACACGCCCCGAGCGUGGCCGGGGGUCGCCAUCUUUGAUUGUAGAAUAUUUGUACUGGGUGGAUUUGAUGGCGGAUACAGACUAAGGAGCGGGGAGUGUUAUGAUGUCGAGUCAGAUCGAUGGAUGUUUAUAAAUAACAUGCUGGUUAGUCGAGCCGGAUGCGGGGCGGCUGUAGUGUGAUACCAAACCAUAUUGGUUUGUCGUACAGCUGAGCUGUUUGUCUGAUACUUGUAUGAAUUAUGGAGGGUUUUAAUCAUUUGGGCUUUAAUAAUUGUUGUAUUUUAUAAACUUUAUGAAAGUUAGAAAAUUUGGUGAAAAUUUUCAAUUCUUUAAGAAAGGAAAUCAAUGUUAAAUAUCAUUAAAUAUUAAACUGAAUAUAAAGAUAUUGAGUGGCUAUAGACAGAUAUGAAGCUAUGAUAAGCUGACUAUAUGUAUAUGAGAGAUUUAUUUUUUUUGAUAAUGACAAAAUGUGAACCAAAAUACCUUAAAGCUGUUUGUUUCUGAUAUAAAAAAUGUGGUGCAUCAUGUGUAAAAAUCAUUGCUCUACUUAAGAGAAAUAACGGUUUAAUGUUUUGUAAAGGGACAUUUUAUUCAAUUUUUUAAUAUUAAACUAGUCAAAUGAACAAAAGAAAGAACUUGAUGCUAAAUCUUAAACUCUCUCCAGAUAUGACAAUAAAUAAAUAAAUAAAUAAAUUGUAUAGGUUCUGGAAUUUGAAAGUAAACUUUUAGUUUGCCAGUCAUAAGUUUAUACCCCACUGAGAUGGACAUUACCGUAGUUCGGUAUCUUUUGUAUAUUUUUUUAACCAAUAAUUGUUGAAACAAAAUUUGAUUACCUUAUUAUUAUAAUAGUAUACUUUGCUAUACUUUAAUAACUACAUUCAGUCUGAAAUGGAUUAAUAUUUUAUUACAAGUAAAAAAUAGCUAAUAUGCUCAUACAUAUUACCAAAAAUUUCUAUUAUAAAAAGUUGGUUAUUUUAUACAAAAGAAGAGAUAUUGACCAUGUUAAGUUACAUAAAUCCCAAUCAGAUCAUUUCUCGAUACAGUCAAAUCUGUAAACAAAGACCAUCCAAAGGAGACUCUGAACAUGGCCUUUAUAGACAGGUGGUCUGUAUUUGGAGGUAGCAUUGUUGUAUUUAAUCAAUAAAGGUCUGUCGAAGAGUGGUCUUUAUUCACAGGGUGGUCUUAAUUUAGAAAUGGUUUUUUAACACAGGUAUGGCUGUAUGUGAAGAAGUAUUUAUUUGUAUUUUGUUUUUAACAAAUACAAAUGUAUACUGAUAUCAGUUAAAUAUUAAAAAGCGUGUAUAAUCAAUGGGAAAUAAGUCUUCUAAAACUUUUUUUUCGCCAUACAUGUAUGUUGACCUAUUUAACUUUAUUUUCAUUGUUGUAAAAAAUUGGGUAAUAGAGCAUAUUAAAUGAGUGUUGGUUCUAUACUAAAUUUAUGUAAGCACAUUGGCGAGCAUAAUACAGUUUUAUUCAACAAGUCCAAUAAUUGUUUUAGUAUGGAAUAUAGACGAAUAUAAUACAAUGUAUUCAAUUUAUAAUGUACCCAAAAUCUGAACUGUUUACAGCGAUAAAAAAAAAUCACUAACUUUGACAUGCAUAUGGUGUAACACUAACAUUUAGCACAUCUUUAGGCUUUGUUUGUAUAAUGCCAAUAAGGUCAUGUAAAAAUACAUGCACAGCCUUGCAAUACAGUUUUUACAGAGUCGCAAAAUCGGCACGGGUAUGUGAUAAAAUAUGAAAUGGUACAAGUAAGAUAGUGAAAGUUGUAGCAAAAAAAUUUUUUAUUCAUGAUAUUACCGAGAUAAAAGGCCAGUUAUUAUGUUAAAGGCACAUUAAAGACACAUUAUUCCUCACAAAAGAUUUUUUUUUUCCUUUUUAAAAAGGGAAAAUUUGAGUUUUAUUAUUUUUAAUAAAUUAUUUUAGAGCAUGUUAGAUGUUUUUCACUUGAAGACAGGAGUGCUAAAUGUGAAAUUAUUUGUCACAAAAGUAGCAAAAUGUAAACAAAGUAGUAUUUUGACUUCCGUACUAAAUCACUAUAAUUAUACUAAUUGCCAAAAGGCAACAGAAGCAAAAGAUAGUUCAGAUAAUUGACCAAUUAGUAACUUUCUGGAAACCUUUAACAGGACACAAAAAAUAAAAGACUUGAGAAAUAUUUUAAAAAAGGAUUUCUGGGGCAUAAUGGGCCUUUAAAGACUAAAGAAUUAAUGUUAAAAUCUUGUUGUGUUUAAAUGCAGUAUUGAAUGUUUCAUGUAGUAUAUACACUAGAGUGCUUUCAUGUAAAUUGUUAAUAUUUGU